UGACAUAGCAUACUCAAUCGUUUAUACUAUCUCACUGUUCGUGUAUUUGCUUCUAUUUCAGACAUGGACUCCGAGAACGUAUUCGACAUAUACAGUGCCCCCGAGGCUCCCUCGAGCAAGAAGAAAACAAGCUAGAGGCAUCCCAGGGAAAGCAGUAAAACGCCUCAGGCCAAGAAAGCCCACACUGCAGGCCCUUCGGCUGAUGGACCCUCAGCAAAUGUAACACCUCCUCCUUCUCCUCACGAGCAGCAAACUCCCCUUGCUCCUGCUGGGUCGACACUGUCUCCACAGACCCCAACCGACCCAACUCAACAGGCUAGUCCUGCUUCCACAGGGGGUGACAUAUCGAGUCGCGCCUUAAGAUCGGUCUAAGACAGGGUCGCCAAAAUUUUGAAGCACGAACGUUGCUGAGAGGUGAUGGCUUCGACGGAGACAAUGGACGUUUACCAGAUCCUAACCCUCGCAUUGAACGAGUUUGCCAGUGCAAUGCUGACCCUUGCUGUCGGCCGGCUCCGCUCGGAUGCUGCUAUCGAGCAGUCCAAGUCUUUGGAGCAACGACACGCUGACGAACUCAAAGCUGCCAAAGAAAAAUACGCUGAACAGCUUGAGGCGGUGCUCGAGGAGAAGAACAAACUGGCUGAGGAGUUGAGGGAGAAGAAAAAUGCUCUGGAUAAGGCCAUCGAGCAGAGAGAAAACUUCAAGGAGUCUAACCGCAUCAAUUACCGUGCAGCUAAAAAGCUCGAGGAGGACUUGACUGCGAGUAGACAAGAGACUACAGCCUUGGAGGGCCGGAUCAAGAAGCUUGAAUAAGCCAAUGCCAGCAAUUUGGAAAGGUACAAGAACGCCACGGUUAAGUGUUUCUAUGACUUCUGGAAACACAACCAUGAGGCUGACUUUAGCUGCCUUCCCGAGCGCGCUAGGCAUGCUGAGAUAGCCUGCUUCGUUGCUCGAUUAGCGAAAGAAGAGAAAGCAAGGGUACCUGCCUCGCCCGAAAUCUCCUUAGUAAAUGGCUUGGACGAGGCGGACAAUGAACCUACAUAUGUCGUCGACCAGGGCACCCCUCAAGAUCCUCCAGCCUCGUAGUCUGCCAUUUUUCUCUUUAUUUUUCAAGUACACAGCCUAUAGGUCGUGAUGUAAAGACACUUAUUUUCCAGUUGACUAUUUAUUGCUGCAUGGGCAACAUUUACUUUUAAUUGAACAAUUACAUCCGAGUAGUGACUGCUCGCGGUGUAAAAGGAUACACUUUGACAUUA